AACUCACCCCUGAAACUUCAAUUUCCGGAACCAACUCAUAGCCUCCGAUUCAGCCUUCUCGAAAAAGUAAUCAAGCUCAGGUAGUCGUCUCUAGGUAGCGACGUCUGUCUGUAUGUAGUGAAUGCGGCUGCGAUUGAAGCCGACCGUCCGAGGACACUCGGUCGCUUGGUCGCGAAUCCAUUCGCAUUCGAUUGCAACGCAUUUCUCUGGUUCUCAGUCUGACUUUUAGUCACGAUUCUAGGAGUGAGCCGCGUAAAUCGCUCUCUCUUCACAACGUCGUGAGCGAGCCGCCUCCCUAAUUAAGAAUAAGGCGUCCUCCUACUUCGUCAUACACAGGUCCAAAUUCUUUUGAACCUCCUUGUUGCCAUUUGUCAAACCAGAUGGUCUUGGGAAGAACCAUUCACUAACGACUGUUGCAGCUCGAUCCUCAUUGACCGCUGACUAUAGCUAUUUAGUGCACGAGAACCCCGUGAUUUGAUUAUUGUCGCAUGGAUGAUGCUCGAGCCGACUGGAGCUGAAUCUGGGAGGAUUUGAGGAGCCCAGGCCUGACAUAUCGCGGAGAAAAGACGUGACCGCUCUCAUCAUCGCACUUGACCCCUCACCACCCCAUUUGACGGCCGACACUUCGUCCACAAGGCCUCCUAUUCACGCGCUCAUCUUAGCCGUCGAUCUCCACCGCUGGCUCCUCAGAUCUUCGGCUGUGCUCCGCCAUGCUCCUCGUCUCGUGGCUCAACUCGCUGCGGCGAUGCUUCGGCACGCCGUUCCUCGUCCUCGUCUUCAGCAUCUACUGGGCGCAGGGCUUCCGCGCCUUCCCCUGGACGGCCAUCAGCAUUCUGGUGAAGGACCAGCUCAAGCUGGGGCCAGCAGCAGCGCAGCUCAUGACCUCCACGGCCUACAUGCCGUGGAGCGUUAAGCCCCCUCUAUGGCUCAUGACCUCCACGGCCUACAUGUCGUGGGGCGUUAAGCCCCUCUAUGGUAUUUUAUCGGACUGUGUGCCUAUACGGGGCGCCCGGCGCAUCCCCUACAUAGUCAUCGCCAACGCCCUCUCCCUGCUCUCCUGGCUCGCCCUUGCCUUCGUCCCUCGUCUCGCCGCCUCCCCUGCGCCCUUCACGCUGCUGCUCGUGCUGCAGAACGUGGGGGCAGCCAUGGCGGACGUGGUGAUCGACGCUAUGGUGGCGGAAGCUGCAAAAGGAGACAAAGAGAGGUACGCAGGCGACCUGCAAUCCCUAUCGUGGUUCUCCAUGGCUGCUGGCGGUGUGGUGGGGAGUCUCCUAGGCGGCCCGGCUUUAAAGACGCUGCGGCCGCACGGCAUGUUCGCCCUCUUCGCCUUCUUCCCGCUGUCUCAGCUCGCCAUGUGCCUCGUCUCGUCUGAGAGGAAACUCCUAGGGGGGACUGGGAGUGAAGAGGAGGAGCAGGAGGAGGGAGAGGAAGGAGUCGAGGCAGAGGAGGGAGUGGAGGAGGAGGAACAAGAAGGAGAGGAGGAGGAGGUGGAGGAGGGAGGGGGGAGAGAGAAGGGUGGGAAGGAGGCGGGCGAAUGCCUAGGUCUGGCUGGGAAGGCGAAUAUUGGAGUGAAGGGGGCAGAAGAGACUGGGUUUGGAGACAGAGAGAAGGCUGUAGCAACUGCUGGUGAGGCCAGGCAACAAGAGGAGAGUUUUCCCACUCAUAGUGCCAUUACAAGUCAGCAGCAAGGGGACAGCAAGAGCGAGGAGAGCAUUGGGUUGGAGGAAUGGGAGGAAGUGGAGUCGGACCCUCAGGACCGAGCAGGUCGAGAAAGGGGUACUGCUCAUCUGACGGAGGCUGGUUCUCAGGCGCCUCUAAACGAUGCAGCUAAAGAAACGAAGGUGUCUUCGUGUACAGAAGAGGAGGAGGGGGGGGGGGGAAGGCUAUGGAGGGGAGGAGAUGGGGAGGGGACGCAGAGUGAGACACAUAGGAAUGGUGGCCUGGGUUUCGGUGCAGGGGAGGAGGGAGGAGUGAAGAAGAGGGGUGCUGGGAGUGGUGAGGCAGAAGGGAGGAGCGUUGGGCUGAGACAGAGGAGAGGUGGUGGUGGGGGCCAGAAGGAAACGAGUGAGGACGGGAAGGGAGCGGGAGCAGAGGAGCAGAAGAGGAGUCAAGGGGGAAGGCGGGGAAGGCGAGCACCGGGGUUGUGGAGGAAGGUGGUGCAUGUGGUAAUGGCUCUGUGGCGCGCUGUCAUGUCUCCUGACAUCUUCUGGCCCAUGGCGUGGUUCAUGGCAUCAUGUGCAGUCGUCCCCACGCUCUCCUCCUCGCUCUUCUACUUCCACACCAACCACCUGCACCUCGACCCCUCCUUCCUUGGCUCCACCAAGGUCGUCGGCUGGGCAGGGCUCAUGCUGGGGACCCUGCUGUAUAAUACCCGCCUCAAAUACGUCCCGAUUCGACGAAUCUUCAUGUGGGUGCACAUUCUGAUGGCGCUGUGCACGAUUGCCGACACUCUCCUCACCUCCCGCCUCAACCUGAGGCUUGGUAUCCCCGACCCUGUGUUCCUGCUGGGCUCCGCUGCUGUGUCCGAUGCUGUCAAUCAGUUCAAGUUCAUGCCGUUCCUCGUCCUCUCGGCCCGCCUGUGCCCCCCUGGAAUAGAGGGCACGCUUUUUGCCCUCUUCAUGUCAGCGUACAACUUUGGUAACACGCUCAGCGGUUACAUGGGCGCCACUCUCGCCACGGAGCUCGGCAUCACCGCCACGUCAUUCGACAACCUGACACUUGGCGUAACGAUACAGGCCUUUUGCACGCUGCUGCCGAUUGUCUUCCUCCGAUGUGUCCCUGCUAACAUGACUGGUGUUGGGGAUGAAGGGAAGCAAGUAGUGCGUGUGGUGAAGGAACAACCGGAGCAUGGUGAGGAUAGAAAGGGGGAGGGUACGGGGUCAAAGCGUUUGAAAGAAGCAUGAGAUGGCGAUAUGGGCUGUGUGUUUUCCACCCCAUUUCAUCAUUAUAUAUAAGCAAUUGGAUUGAAUAUUGCUGUAACUUCGUCAUUACAGUUGCAUAUUCUUCGUUUAUACCCCUUCUGCUACAUGACGGUUUUG